AGCGGCGAUUGUUCGCGUAUCCAUUGUCUCAAGCUAACUCGAGUAGAUAUUGGGCUAUAGAAGGACAAACGCUGAUAAAAGAUUACCGCGACAGUAUCAUUUGAUCCUCCGAGGGAAAAACAUCUCCAUGAAUAAGGAGUGCAGUCAUUGCGCAGGAGUGGAAUAAUUGAAUCAAUUCAACGAACGCCUUCCGUUGCUGAUUGCAGCGUUGGGAAGUGUAUGUGAUAAAUCAGUGGUUACAAGAGUGUUUGAAACAGUCUUAACCGUAAAUGUUGGUGCUGUUGACUUCAGAGUUCGAUAUUCGAUGAAAUUGGAUUAAGAGUAAUCAUAUCAAAAUGUUCAGAUAUCGCUGUUGCUUCUUCCUUCUGCUGGUAGUUAAAACUUGUUACACUAAAGAGAUGACGGAUAUUAAAGCGUUGCAAUCACUGCCGACUCGAUGUACCUACGAAUACGCAUACGAUAUGUAUGGAGCGCAUUGCGCUGGAUUGCGACUUACCAAAAUACCGAGUCUUAAAGGAGGAAUAGAGAUUCUCGACUUCAGCGAUAAUAAAUUGAAAGAAGUUCAUGCAGACACGCUAUCGUACUAUACAAGUAUCAAAUACUUGUAUCUGUCCGAAAAUCAAAUCUAUUCAAUCGACAAGGACGCAUUUUCGUAUUUGACAUAUCUACAGACCCUCGACCUUUCGAAUAAUGUCAUACUCCAACUUUCAGAAACUAUAUUUCACUUGCCAUCAUUACGAAAGCUAUAUUUAAAUGGCAAUCCAUUAAGCCAAGGAAGCUUAAGUAGUAUGGAGAUAAGCAAACCUAUAAGGGCUCCCUUGGAUCUUUUGGAUUUAUCUGAUUGUAAGUUAGAAGUGAUGCCGGACUUGGGCAUACUUCCACAAAUGACAUUUUAUAACAUUUCCCACAAUCCAUUGAAGUCUUUAGAUGCACAAUCUUUUAGUGGGAUGUGCAAACUUGCGAAAGUAGAUUUAACGGAGUCUAUCAACCAAAUAAAACUUUGCGAUAUGAAAUUAAGUGUCAUGUGGUUCCAAGAAAAAGGAAUAUAUUUUCAAUUGGGUGAUUACACGAAACUUAAUUCUAGAGAAUACGAGAAUUGUCCUAGAAUAGAUAUACCACAAAAUCUCAACGCCACUUUCAACCAAUGCCGAAUGGAAUAUACUGAGGUACAAACUGUAAAAACGUCUCGUCGCACAUGGAUGACUAUCGGUGGCGGUCUCGCUGGGUUUCUAGUCGGUUUCGUCUUAUUGUUAUACAUUAUGCACCGACAUAACGUUGCUCAGACGAAGAGAACUACCAAGGAGGUCAAGAAGGUUCCACCAAGUGACGACAAAAAUGCAACUGCUAUACUUCUUAAUGACGUAUCAUAGGCUUCCGGUGUUUUAGUUAACAUUUUUGUUUUUAAUGGGAAUGCAAGUUAUUGGGAUUGCCUUGACUAAGUCUAAAAAUAGGGACCGUAGAUCUCAGGCAUAUGUUAUGCUACAUUUAUCAUUUAGCCGAAGCCAAAGAAAAGUCUUGGUAAUAAAGGUACAUCUUUGGAAGAUAUAUUUUAGGAAUAAGCUUUUUUUACAAUGUAUAGAUUUACUUUAUGCGCUUUGUUAUUAAUACGAAUCGCGAUUUUUAGUAACCACCGCUUAGUAAUAUAAGCUAAUAAAUUUCAUUUAUACAUAAGUUACAAUAAAUUUACUGUAAGGCCGAAUAGUCCAGGCAAUAUAGACUACCAAAGGCUAAUUAUUUCUCAGAGAGUUGAAAAAAAUUCUAAUCUUAAAGAGCGGAAAGAAGAUUUGGGUGCCGAUUUUCUGCUUCUACUGUAUGAUUGAUAUCUUAAAAAUCUCUAAAAUUCUUAAUUAUUUAUAUUUUUCUUAAUUACGACUAAAAGACACAUUUCUAGAAAAAAAUUAUAAAAGGAUGGAUUAUUGCAAUAUAAAUUCUUUAUCCAAAGAAACUACGAAAAUCCUUGAUAGUUCCGUAUUAAUUAAUUACUACCUUUGGUGGGAAAAUUAUUCCACUACGUUUCGAAUCACUACAUAUAACAGCACUAAACUUAAGAGGGUAUAAGUAGAAGCGCUUUGCUUAAAUUAAUCACAAUGCGGCCGCUUGGUUGUUUGUUUCUUUGGACUGGGAUGAAAACUAAUUAAUAAUAAAUUUAUGAGCCUUCGGCUUUGAAACCGAAAUUUUUGAAUUUGAAAUUGUUAUGAGUUAUUGACGACACUACGAUAUGUAUAAACAUUUUACAAGGCAGUAAGUUCAAUAAGCCUUUUUAUUUUAUGCAAUAAAUCUUAUGUUUCGACACAGAAUUUCAUGUACCUAAGUACUUUAAUAUGCACGAGUAUUUUUUUAUAGGUGCAUGGUUCAAACAUUGUAAAAAAAUAGAAGAUUUACGAGGUUUUGGAGAUAUCAAUUUUAUAGAAUUUCCGACAAUUAUUGCAAAUUUGAAGUUACAUGCAAAU